CGGCGCUUUCACUGCCAGUUGACAUGCGGCCACGCGCGCUCGCACCUGCCAUGGGCUGAUGGCUGCUGCCGCCGCCGUCCAGGACCCGGAGCUCGCCUUCCGCUUCUACGACAGGUGGAGGAGGCGCAACGAGGCGCUGGCCCGCCGCUGGCUCAACGAGCCUCUCUGCCAGGAGGGGCAGCCGCCUGCCAUCUUCCACAGCCUGCACUGCAAGAUCCAGCUGCUGCGGCAGGAGAUUGCAAGUUUAGUGGCAAAAGAUACGGAAAUAUUUGAGCAACUUUUUGCUCUUCAAGAAGCUGUUUUGGAUCUGAAAGACCAAGUGGACUAUUCAAGUUCAAGUGAAUCAGCAUCACCAUACCAGUCACCAUCUUCAACUCGAUCAAAUUCUAGCAGUGAAGCUGACCGAAAUGUUAGAACUAAGAGAUCAGCUAGCUUCGUACGACAGCAUGUGUCCUACCCACCUAUAAAACGCAACCGAUCUAAUCGCAUGAAAGCCACAACACCCCAACAUGGCUGCCAAGAUUCUUAUGACUCUGGGAUUCACACUUCAGAUCAUGAAAUAUUUGUGUGAUUGCUCUCAUGUACUGUGUAUUAUCAAUGUGUACAUAUCUUAUUAUAUCUGUAAACUGUUUUGGAUUGAAGAGAGGAAAGAACUACAGUAAAUAUUCAUUGUAUAAAUGAGUCAGUUCAGCAGCAACACAAUAACAAAAUGUUACAUAUUUUCACAUUAUGAUGUGAGCUACUUAUAAGUACAAGUUCUGAGAAGGACUAAUGUUUCAUUAUUACUGUGUUUAUAUUAUGUUGGAAAUAAAAAUAUUUAUUUGAGAA